AUGUCUAAGACGAAUACGCUGUUGAAUUAUUUCUCGUCGCCGAAGGCCGGUUCGCCGAGGGUGAACGGCGAUUCGUCGCCGAAGGUCGGUUCGCCGAGGGUGAACGGCGACUCGCCGGCCUCGAGGCCCAGGUCGCUUUCCCGUUCGAAAUCCAAGACCCCGAAGGGAAAACGAAAGAACAGAGAUUCAAAUGACAAUAAAUUGAAUGGUAAGGCGAAUGAUAAAGCAGAUAAUAAGGCGAAUGGUAAGACAAACGGUAAGGCAAAUGGAAAAGCAUACGGUAAAAUGGCAGAUGAAAGAAGUAAGGAGCGAAAAAGAUCGUUGGAGGAUCUUGACGACGAGGACGACGAGGACGACGAUGAGGAUGAUAACGAGAAUGAUGAAAACGAUGUGAGUAUCGAUGAGAAGGAAAUGGUUACACCAAAACCUAAUAAAAGAAGAAGGAUAAUUGUUCCAGAAGAUAAUACCGAUGAUUCUGAAAAUGAUUACGAACCAGAAAAUUCAGAAGAAUCGGAUGCAUCCGAAGAAUCAUUUUCCGAGGAAGUAGAAGAAGACGAAUCUCCAAAGAAAAAACCAAAAAUGUCCGUAAAUAAGAAAUCCGCAGUAAAAAUAAUUGGAAAAAAAUCAGCAUCUAAAAAUGAUUCGAUAUUAAACAAUCAAGAGCAGCCAACUGCAAAAGCAUCGGAUACACAAUCAUGGCCACAUUUGAAAUACGAUUUCUUACAGCCGGAUAAAAUUAAAGACAAUAAGAAACGUCCGCCUAGUCAUCCAGAUUAUGAUCCGAAAACGGUUUAUGUUCCACCGGACUUCUUGAGUACACAGACACCGGCCAUGAAUCAGUGGUGGUUAUUGAAAACAAAUCAUUUCGACUGUGUAUUAUUUUUCAAAGUUGGUAAAUUUUAUGAGUUGUAUCAUAUGGAUGCUGUUACUGGAGUUAAAGAACUUAGCUUGUCUUUUAUGAGGGGAGAGUUUGCACAUUCGGGUUUUCCGGAAAUUGCUUAUGGACGUUUUUCCGCCAGUCUAAUCGAAAGAGGCUACAAGGUGGCAAGAAUCGAACAGACGGAAAAUCCAGAAAUGAUGAGUCAACGAUGCGCUAAAAUGUCAAGACCAUCAAAGUUCGAUAAAGUUGUUAAACGUGAAAUUUGCCAAAUUAGCAGCAAAGGAACAAGAGCCUAUACCGCUCAAGAUGCCGAGCCAUCGGUCGCAGCAUCUUCGUAUUUAUUGGCUAUUGUUGAAAAGCGCAUACCUAACGAAACUCGAUCAGCCUACGGUGUCUGCUUUAUCGAUACAACCAUCGGUGAAUUUAAUCUUGGACAAUUUCAAGACGAUAGUUAUAAUUCUAGACUGUUAACUUUACUAGCGCAUUAUCCACCAGCUCAUAUUAUUUAUGAGCGCGGCAAUUUAACCAGAAUGACUUUGACAAUACUCAAUAAUUUAUUGCCCAGUGCUAUGAAAGACGCCUUACAGAAGAAUAGCGAAUUUUGGACGUCUACAAAAGUUUUGCAGACCUUGCACGAGGAUGGGUAUUUCAAGAAUGACAAUGAUUCUAAUUUUUCGUGGCCUAAAGGCUUACAAUCAUACUUAAAUAGAGGUGAUAGUUUAGGGCUCACUGCUUCGGAAGAAAAAGAACUAGCAGUCACAGCCUUAGGUGGCUGCGUAUAUUUACUCAAAGAGUACAAGUUGGAUCAUCAAUUAUUAUCGCAGGGCCGAUUUAAAAGUUAUGUUCCUCCAGAUUUCUCUAUCGAUUCUCAAUCCAACGAAACGAAUUUCGCUUAUAAUAUGGUCUUGGAUGCUAUGACCAUAAAUAAUUUGCGAGUUCUUGGUAACGAUGGGUCCUUAAUUAAAACAUUAGAUAAUUGUUGCACCGCAUUUGGUAAACGUCUAUUACAAGAAUGGAUAUGUAGACCUUCUUGUCGUAAAGCAGUUAUUAUCGAGCGCCAAGAAGCUGUGACGCAAUUAUUGGAUAAUCCAGAUGUUGUCCAAGAAGUUCGAAGCAAAUUAAGUCGCUUACCAGAUCUCGAACGUUUGCUAAGCAAAAUUCACUCGCAAGGAAAUACAGCAAAAUCACCAAAUCACCCGGACAGACGUGCUAUAUUAUUCGAGGGUCAAACUUAUUCGAAAAGGACGAUCGUUCAAUUUAUAACUGCGCUCAAUGGCUUCGAAGAAGUCAUAAAUAUAAUCAAAUGCUUCGAUGAUUUUACUAAUCCAUUGAUUAAUAAGUGCACAAAAUUGGAACCAGAAGGCAAUUUCACCGAAUUGAAGGAAACCUUAGAUAAUUUUAAAAUGUCAUUUGAUCACGAAGAAGCUAAAAAGGAGGGUUUCAUUGUCCCUAAAGAAGGCGUUGAUAGUGAUUACGAUGCUGUUUUGCUCGAACUUGCCGACAUUAAGAAAGAAUUACAAGAUUAUCUAGUUAAGCAGAAAAGACAUUUCGGUGUGUCAAUACAAUUCUGUGGAAGCGGCCGUAAAAAGUAUCAAAUCGAAGUUCCAGAGAGUCAAAUUAAAAAAGUUGGAAGUGGUUACGAAUUGCAAGGAUCGAGAAAAGGAUUCAAAAAAUAUUAUACAAAUGAAGCAAAGGAUCUUCUUGCAAGGGAAAUCGCCGCCGAGGAACAAAAGGACAAGGUUUUGAAAAACAGUAAUGGAAAGAUCUUUAGCAAAUUCAGCGAGCUGUAUGACAAAUGGAGUAAGGCUACUUACAAUAUAGCAGUUUUAGAUUGUUUAAUAUCCUUCUCCGAAUAUGCUCGUAGUUGCGAUACUUGCGUUCCAAUAAUUCUCGACGAUGUUAAUAAUGAAAAGAUUUUUAUUGAGAUAAUAGAUGGCAAACAUCCAUGCAUCGUUUCCGAUAAUUUCAUCCCCAAUGACACGUCAAUAGCGAGUGGUGAAGCAGCUCCAUUAAUGAUUUUGACUGGACCGAAUAUGGGAGGUAAAUCAACGGUGAUGCGUCAAGUUGGACUUAUUACAAUAAUGGCACAAAUUGGAUGUCAUGUGCCAGCCAGUGCUUGCAGAUUAACCUUAGUCGAUCGUAUCUUUACGCGAAUUGGAGCAAAUGAUGAUAUUAUGGCUGGUCAAAGUACAUUCUUAGUGGAAUUAAGUGAAACUGCGGCCAUACUUCAGCAUGCAACAAAGUAUUCUCUAGUCCUUCUCGACGAAUUAGGCCGUGGCACGUCGACUUAUGAUGGAACUGCCAUUGCUGCGUCAGUAGUAGAAGCUCUUACAAAAACUAAAUGCAGAACGAUAUUUUCCACUCAUUAUCAUUCCCUUGUCGAGGAUUAUAAAACGAACAAUAAUGUUUCUCUCGCUCACAUGGCCUGCAUGGUGGAGAAUGAAGAUGAAGAUAAAAUAAGCGAGGAGAAUGUUACUUUCUUAUACAAAUUGAGCGAGGGUGCAUGUCCGAAGUCUUAUGGUUUUAAUGCUGCCAGGUUGGCUGGAGUACCGGUUAACAUAGUUAAACGAGCUCACGACAUUGCAACAAAAUUAGAAACUGAAGUGAAUCUUCGACAUGCAUUUGUUUCAUUGUGCACCUUAAAAGAUAAUUCCUCCAUUAUACCUUUAUUGCGAAAGACUCUGUUUUGAAAAUAUUAAUUUUUAUUUUUAUAAUAAUUUAAUUAGUUCCUCUUCUCGAGCGUUUUAUGUACGUUAAGUGUUCUGUGUUAAAAUCAUUCGUGUUUAAAUCGUUCUUACAUUUUUUACCGUUAUUUAUUCGAUUUUAAAUGAGAAUACGCAUAUCACAUAAUGUAAUAGUAUAAGCCAACUGUUUUAAAGUAUUAA